UCAUUUCGACUCGCCUUAAGAUGAUCCGUAGUAUCGGUGUUCUUCUGGCGGUUUUCGCCGUCCUGGGGACGCAAGGAUGUAUACAACAGGACAUAACUUUCAUGGUAGACUCAUCCCAGGGGGUAGGGGCGGAUAACUUUUUUAAACAACUUAAUUUCAUCAAGUCUACCAUAAGUGACUAUGACGUUUCUCCAGGUUGUAUCCGGAUAAGCAUUGUGACCUAUAGCUCUGUGGCUCACAACCAAUUCUACCUCGAUGGGUACCAGACCAAGGCUCAAAUACUUAGUGCCAUAAACAGCAUUCAGUACCAACCUGGUCGACCGUACGCCACAGAGGGUCUAAAGUUUGUCACGGAUCAGAGCUUCAGCUCCCUCCAUGGUGCACGUCAAGGUGUGCCUCAUAUUGGAGUGAUGGUAAUGAGUACUCCUCCGAGUAAUUCCCAAGCCUUCCAGCAAGAGGCUCAGCGUGCCAAGGCCGCAGGGAUUAAGCUGUUUUCUGUGGGUGUUGGAAGCGGGGCACAUCUACCCCAACUUGCUACCGCUGCCAGCAACCCGUCCAGCCAGUACAGCUUCACUGCUCAGAACUUUGACUCUCUCUCAGACCUGUCCUACCCACUCUACCACGCCAUCACCAGAGAAACCCCAGCACUGUCCACAAACACAGCCCAGUGCUUGCAGCGUGCUGACCUUGUAUUCCUAGUAGACAGCUCUGGUAGUAUUGGGGCAAGCAAUUUCCUCAAGCUAAAGGACUUCUUAAAGGGCAUCACCGGACAAUUGAAUGUUGGCCCUAAUGCAGUACAUGUAGGUCUGAUGCAGUUCAGCAACUAUCCAUCAAUGGAGUUUCCUUUGGACACCUACACCUCACGUGGGGAUGUCAUCACCGGCAUUGACAACAUGAAGUAUAUGCAAGGCGGCACCAACACAGGAGACGCAAUCAAGUACAUGACCAGUCAGAUGUUCUCACAGAACAGUGGCGCCCGUAGUUAUGUGCCAAGGAUCGCUGUCGUGAUUACAGAUGGACGAUCUAGUAGCUCUGCUCUGACUUCUUCCUCUGCUGAUCAGGCUCGUCUCGCUAACAUCGGCAUGCUAGCCGUUGGUGUCGGUUCGGGUGUUGAUAUGAAUGAGCUUCACAGCAUCGCAGACAAUCCAGAUAGCCAAAAUACCUUCACAGUGAACAGCUAUGAUCAGCUCAACUCCAUUUCCUCCCAGAUUAUCAACAAAGCUUGUCAAGUGACUGCCACAUCUGCUCCAAGAGGGACAAGCUCACCAGGUGGUACCCUUGUCCCUGACACAUGUUCUGACAUGUUACCAAAUUGUAAGCAGUAUGAACAACAAGUUUGUGUGAAUUACGCACCCUGGGCCAAAGACAAUUGUGCUCGAUACUGUGGAUUGUGUCACCCCCUGUUUACCACUGCCCCACCACCCUGUGUGGAUCAGCUCAACAACUGCCCCAGUUAUGGCACAGAUGUGUGUCUGAAAUCCACAUACAAGGGAUGGGCUGAGGACAACUGCCGGAAAUUCUGUGGCUUCUGCGGCCCAGCAACAAGUGCCGUUGGAUUCUACGGACAGUGUAACUACAAGGGCAACUCCUACAAACAUGGUGAGAAAUGGACAGAUGGCUGUGACUACGAGUGUGUCUGUGAGGACGGAAACAGUGGCCGCUACCGCUGUUACAAUAGGUGCCCCCUAUAUUACAACAUGCCCCCACAGUGUACCUUGGUGAGAAGUCCAACAGACUGUUGUCAGCAACCUGUCUGCAAUUUCAACUCCAACAUGAACAAGUUUGAAGUCUCUGCUCCAGCCAAAAACUCAUUUGGAAUGGCUGUUUGUGCCUACAAGGGCAAGCAAUAUUUUCAGGGUCAGACAUGGGAUGAUGGCUGCCAGUAUCGCUGCACUUGUACAUCAGGUUCCACAGGACUUGUCCAAUGUCAAGACCGUUGUCCGACCUACUCCAGCCUUCCACCAUACUGCCGCCUUGACAAAAAAGCUGGAGACUGCUGCGCCAAGCCUGCCUGUGAGUUCAGCACCCAGCAGGGAAGUUUUACUGGAACAGGGUCUGUCAGUGGCCUUGGUGUAGGACUCGCUCCGACUGCGGCCCCUGCUUGUGCCGAUGCCCUCCCCAACUGUGGCCGCUACGAGAGUACUGUGUGUACCAACUUCCCGGGCUGGGCCUCUGAUAACUGUAGGAAACACUGCAACCUUUGUGACGUAAAACCAACACCUGGACCUAAUGACACCUGCCUGUAUCAAGGUCGCAUCUAUCAUCAAGGUCAAGGAUGGAUGGUCAGCUGCGACACACAGUGUGUGUGUGAAAAUGCUGCUUAUGGCUACUACCGAUGUGUCAACACCUGCCCGACCUACAACAACCUUCCACAGGGUUGCUAUGAGACAAAGAAAGCAGGAGAGUGCUGUUCCACUGUUCAGUGUGACACUGGUUCCUUCCUUACGUCCACAAAUAACCUCAACACCAUCGGUAAUGGUGGUAUGAUCACUAUACAGAACCCCAGUAAACCACAGAUCGCUCCUACAUUGCCCUCUGGUGCCAAACCCCAACCUGGGACAGGAGGAACAGGAUUCACAGCCCCUACUCUGCGUGGCUGUCUGUACAAGGGCAACAUGUACAUCCAAGAUCAGAGGUGGGACGAUGGCUGUGACUACUCGUGUCAAUGUACCGAUUCCCAAACUGGCUACUACAGGUGCACUGAAAGGUGUCCAUCUUACCAAAACCUGCCAAUCGGCUGCCAUAUGUCGCAGGACCCUGACGACUCUUGCUGCAAGAAGCCAGUAUGUACCGACCCAACCACGCCCCUUAUCCCAUCCUUCCAGCAGGGUAACAUUGGCCAUGGUAUAGUGGAGCCACCUAGUGUCACUGACCUGUUCAACAGUACCUAUAACACCAUACACUACGAACACAUUUUCACCAGCAAUGUAGCCGCCCCUACAGCGCCCUAUGUGACCUCAAGGCCAGGCGUAGGUUACUGCAUAUACAAGGGCCAAAAACACAACCAGGGUGAGCAGUGGCAGGAUGGCUGUAACUACAACUGUGUGUGUGAGGAUGCCUCAAUUGGCAAGUGGAGAUGUACCGAAAGGUGCCGAAAGUAUCCCAACCUACCUGCCCCAUUCUGUCACCUGGUUGCUGACCCACAAGAUUCAUGCUGUCAAGUGCCCUACUGUGACUUCACACCGACAGUCACUUCCUUCAACGGCUCCGCUGCUCCCAUCACCGUUCCUCACACACCCAGACCAGUGAUAACCACACCUAUUCCCACCAUUCCCAGGCCAAAGGUCUGCCUCUAUAAUGGCAAGCAGUAUGCACAGGGACAGUUAUGGUACGAUGGUUGUCAGUACAAGUGUACCUGUGAUGAUGCAGAACAUGGAUUCUUCAGGUGUACAAACAGGUGUCCAGAAUACAAGAACGUACCCGACUCAUGUACCAUGGUGAAGGAUGCUCAAGACCCUGCCUGUUGUCAGGUGCCCUACUGUAACUUCCAGACUACAUCCAGCUCCCAGACCGGUCACGGAGUCGUGCCCUCUCUUCCUCCUGGCUCCUUCCAGGGUCAGAAUCCAGACCAGACCAACCCUAACAUAGGUUUCUGUCUGUACAAGGGAAGCCAAUACCUACAGGGCCAGACAUGGAUGGAUGGAUGUGAAUACAACUGUAACUGUCAGGAUGCCACAACAGGACUCUACACCUGUACAGACAGAUGUCCACGUUAUGGUAGCAUCCCUUACCCAUGCAAAUUGGUUACUGAUUACCGUCAGCCAUGUUGUAAGAUCCCAGACUGUCAAUUUGGCGGUGCCUUGGGAGAAAUCACAGGCACACUCACUCCAGCCCCAGUUCUAAGCCAUACCAAUGCCCCGAACCCAGGUGUACCAGGCCAGCCAGGACAACCUACUCCAUCACCUAUGCUCAAUUACUGUCUGUACAAGGGAGUGAAAUACUACCAGGAUCAGACAUGGGAUGAUGGCUGUGAGAAGCGAUGCCGAUGUGACGACUCAUCCAAGGGUUUGUACGUCUGUGACACCAGGUGUGCAUCAUAUGCCAACAACCUCCCAGCCGAGUGUCACAUGGUUGUGAGUGCCACCGACAGCUGUUGUCGGGAACCCAAGUGUGGCAUCCCAACCUCGCUACAGAACAUCAUCGGUACCAUUCGACCAGACAUGAUCCCAACUCUAGCUCCCCCAGGUGUCUUCACAGGCUCGGCCAACACUCCCGCUCCCAGGCCAAACAUUGGCCCCAACCCAGUUGCUACACCCGCACCACAGCCUCUGAACUAUUGUGAGUAUAAGGGUGCUAAGUAUAACCAAGGCCAGACGUGGUACGAUGGCUGCGACUUCACCUGUCGGUGUAUGGAUUCUAGCACAGGCAACUACCAGUGUACAGAGAGAUGCCCCAAGUAUGGAACACUUCCUCCACAGUGUUAUUUACAGAAGGACCCUGCCAACCCCUGCUGCUCUAAGCCAGAAUGUACAUUUAACCCAUCUGUCAAUCAAAUCAAUGGCCAUGCCACCACUCUAGCACCUGUACCAGGACAGUCCAUCGCACCAACUCCAUACCCUGGGUACAAACCCACACCAAAUCCCAACCCAACACCGGCUCUCCCUAAAGAUGUUUGCGAGUACAAGGGGAAGAGCUACACACAGGGACAAACCUGGUAUGAUGGAUGCGAGUACGUGUGCAACUGUGAAAAUGCACCAGCCGGAGUGUACAGAUGCAGCCAAAGGUGUCCUCAGUACCAGCAGGCAGCAGGUUGUACACCGAUAGCAGAUCCCAAGGAUCCUCUCUGCUGUAAAAUUCCAAAGUGUGACAUCCCACCUCAGUACAACAAUGCAACAGGAUAUGUUCCUAUCCCAACACCUCCCCCAGGAGUCAUCACCGGAGGAUCUGUCACCAAAGUACCAACCCCUGCCCCAGGGCAACAACCUACCCUUGUCCCUGGAGUAAACCCAACUUUUGCUCCAGGAAUGUCCCCUACACCUGCCCCAGCAUACUGUGAAUACAAGAACCAGCAGUACACACAGGGCCAGAAAUGGCAGGACGGCUGUGAUUACAACUGUGAGUGUGUGGACGCCAUUAACGGGAGAUACCGUUGCACAGAACUGUGCCCACGUUACCCAGCACUGCCUCCUCAGUGCCGUCUGGUGUCAGAUGUUAUCCAGCCUUGCUGUAAGAAGCCGUACUGCGAAUUCACUGGUACAACCAAUAAUGUCACAGGAACCGUCACGCUGUCCCCGAACCCCAUGAAUACGCCAGUCCCAAUCCCCGGCCAGGGCCCACAAGUUGGUCCAACACCUUCUCCCACUGCACGAGAUACCUGUUUGUACAAUGGUGUGCCCUUCAAGCAGGGUGCAACCUGGGACGAUGGUUGUGACCUGAAAUGUGUGUGUGAGGAUGGAGUCAAGGGAUUCUACAGAUGUAGUGACAGGUGUCCGCGGUACAACACAUUGCCAGAUGGUUGUGUCCUCAUAACUGACCCCAGAGACAGCUGCUGUCGAAUUCCUGACUGCAAACCAGUUGCCACACCGACUAAUGCUCCAACUCCAGGAACAGGUGUCCAACCCACUCCCGGACCUGGAAUGAAUCCCAACCCCAAUCCUAACCCCAAUCCUAACCCCAACCCUACCCCUAAUCCCAACCCCAAUCCUAACCCCAACCCUAACCCUAAUCCAAGCCCCAAUCCCAUGAUUCCUUCUGUGACUAACGUGAUCAAUGGUCAGGGUAUCACCCCCACCCCGGGCCCCAACAUGCCCCAGCCUACCGGUCCACCAGUAUGUUUAUACAAGGGAGUGACGUACCAGCAAGGACAGACCUGGCAGGACGGCUGUGACUUAAACUGUGUGUGUACGGAGGCCUCUACUGGCAAAUACAGGUGUUCUCAGAGGUGUCAGAUGUACCCCAACCUGCCGUCUACGUGUCGACUAGCCCUUGACCCAGCAGACCAGUGCUGUACGAUAGCUGUGUGCAACCCAACCCCAGCUCCUGCCAUUACACCAAACCCUAACCCCAUCAUUACCCUCGCCCCACAACCCGGGCAAUCGACUCCAUCUAUUAAUCCUACACCAGGCCAGACACCAAACCCUAACCCUAUGCCACAGCCAACACCGAAGAAUGUAUGUAUCAUGAACGGUCGUCAGUACACCCAGGGACAAAAGUGGUACACCAACGGUUGUGAUAGGACAUGUGUCUGUGAUGAUGCCACUACAGGGUUCUACAGGUGUUACGACAGGUGCCGAAAGUAUGACAGUAUUCCAUCUCGAUGUACGCUAGUGUCUGACCCCAAUGAUCCCCAGUGUUGUAAGGUUCCUCAAUGUAUCCCUACCCCUGGAGUAAAUGGUUAUCCCACGCCAGGACCAACAGACACUCCUCAACUCAUCACAGGUGUUCCAGUUGGAAUCAUCAAUGGAUAUGGUACCCCUACACCAUCACCUAAUCCAUCCCCACUACCAGGACAGACACCAAACCCUAACCCACAGGCAACCCCCGCACCCAAAGAGGUGUGUAUUUACAAGGGGACAGAGUACCACCAGGGCCAGAGAUGGGUUGAUGGAUGCAAGUACACCUGUGUUUGUGUAGACAGCAAGACAGGACACUACGAAUGUACUGAGAAGUGCCCAGUUUACCCACGAUUACCGCAAUACUGCAACUUGGUCCAGGACCCCAUGAACAUCUGUUGUCAGAAACCUAUGUGUGAUUUCAACAACAUCCCCACCCCGGCGCCUAUGGGUGGUCCCACACCAGCUCCCCAAGCUACACCAGCCCCUGGUGUCAGUACCAUGGAACCCAGCCCAAAUGUUGGAACAACAAUGGAACCUGGACCAAUAUCCUACUGUGUGUACAAUGGUGUGCCCUACACUCAGAGCCAGUCUUGGGAUGUUGGUUGUACCAAGAGGUGCCGAUGUGAUGAUGCCUCCAAGAACUACUACACCUGCUUCGACAGGUGUCCAAUAUACCCAGCUCAACAAGGUUGUACUCUGGUUACCGAUCCAAAGGACGCCUGUUGCCAGGUCCCACGAUGUGUUGCGAUCCCAACCCCGGGGCCAACACCUAACCCCAAUCCAAACCCCAAUCCAAACCCCAAUCCAAACCCUAAUGUAGGCCCCACUUUGGUACCACCCACGGGCACUACGCUGAAACCAUCACCACAGAACACACUAGUCCCUAACCCCAAUCCAGGAAUGACCCCAGUCGCUACCCCUUAUCCAUCACCAGUACCAUCAGGUCAGACAGGUGUGAUUAUUGGAAAACCACAAAAUCCUCAGAAUCCCUCGGGUAAGUGUAACUACAAGGGUGUACAGUACACAACUGGGCAGAAGUGGGAUGAUGGAUGUACCUAUAGAUGUGAAUGUCUCGACCAGAUCAGCGGCCAGUACAAGUGUACCGAGAGAUGUCCACGUUUUGUUCAGAUCCCAGCAUACUGCACGUUGGUAUCUGACCCCAAUGACCAGUGCUGCAGAACUCCAUCUUGCCCCAACCUCUCACCAACUCUGAAGCCAGCCAUCACACCUGCUCCUCAGCCGACACUGAAUCCGCCGGUCAACACACAGUCACCACCCCUCAACCCACAACCGACACCAGGGGUCACUCCAGCCUCGUCAGUCAAACCACCACUUCCUAAAAACGUGUGUGUGAUGAACGGAAAGUCGUACACCCAGGGCCAGAAAUGGGACGAUGGAUGUGCCCGUACCUGUGUGUGUUCUGACGGAGUCACUGGACACUACACAUGCACAGAUAGGUGCCCUCAGUACAACAACAUAGCCCCCAGCUGUGUCAUGGUACCUGAUCCAAACGAUCCCAUAUGCUGCAAGAUCCCACAAUGCCAGCCAAACCCUAACGUUAAGCCAACCGGAAUUGUCGGAACAAUCACCGGAAGCAACCCUUACCCCACCGCUCAGCCAACCCCUCAACCCAACCCUAACCCCAAUCCAAAUCCCAAUCCAAAUGCAAAUCCAACCCCCAACCCUAACCCUAAUCCCAAUUUAAACCCAACUCCGAACCCUAAUCCCAACCCCUACCCGUACCCAACACCAUAUCCUGGUGGCACCUACCCACCAUACAUGUUGACUGCCAUCCCUGUGCCAGGUACCACAGCAGUCCCUGUACCUGGGGUAGGCACCACUCAGACUCCCACACCAAAGGUUUGUGUGUACAAGGGUGCCAUGUACCAGACUGGUCAGCGCUGGAGAGACGGCUGUGACUACGAUUGUAUCUGUGAAGACGGAAUGACUGGCAAAUACAGGUGUACCACUUUGUGUCCUAAAUUUCCAAACCUUCCGAGUGGCUGUCGCUUAGUGAUGGACAUGAACAACCCAUGCUGUCAGAAGGCUGACUGUACACCGGUGCCAGGAUCUAACCCAUCUCCCAUCCCAGGACAGUCACCAACACCUAACCCAAAUCCAACCCCCGCACCAGCGUUCUGUGUGUUCAAUGGUAUCCCAUUCAAGCAGGGCCAGACUUGGAAGGACGGAUGUAGCAGGACCUGUAAAUGUGAGGAUGCCAAGAGUAGACAGAUCACCUGUAACGACAGGUGCCCCACCUAUCCCUCUUUGAAGGCAGGCUGUACACUAGUAACAGAUCCCACCGACCAGUGUUGCCAAGUGCCUCAGUGCAUCAACCCCGAUGCCACCAACCCGCUACAGGUGGUCACAGGUCCCAAGGGUACCAUCGAGGGCUCGAACCUGCCCCAACCAGGCAUCAAUAACCCCGGCACAACAGGCAAAUCUAAUGCGUGUCUGUAUAACGGAAAGGUCUACCAGCCUGGCCAAACUUGGGAUGAUGGAUGUACCUACCAGUGUAUCUGUACUGAUGGCAGUACUGGCCACUACCAGUGUACCGAGAGAUGUCCAAAGAUCCCUACCUUGCCGUCCACCUGUACCUUGGUAAAGGACACUACUGACCAGUGUUGCCAGAAGGUGUACUGUCCAAAUGCUGUCCCCACACCAGGGCCAACCCCUAACCCCAACCCUAACCCCAAUCUUAAUCCAAACGGACAACCUACUCCGAAUCCAAAUGCCACGCCAAACCCCAACCCAACUCCAGCUCCACAACCUAAUGUGUGUGUGUACAAGGGCCAAAAUUACCAUCAGGGCCAGACUUGGUAUGACGGCUGUAGUGCCAAAUGUCGCUGUGAGAGUGCCGCUACAGGCUACUAUAGAUGCCAGGAGAGGUGUUCAAGAUACCCCAGUGUGCCGGCUGCCUGUACCUUGGUUCCCAGCCCGUCUGACCCAUCCUGUUGUAAGGAGCCAAGCUGUCCGGUGAUUCCAACAGCUGGUCCCGUCCCCACACCAGGGUUCAUCCCUAACCCAAUGACCCCUAAACCAGGAGUGAUCACUGGUCUAGCACCUGUACCUACUAAUAUGCCAACCCCAACUCCAGCUCCAGGAGUCACCCCCAUUCCUGGUGUAAACCCUACCCCUGCACCACGCAAAGGAUGUUUCUACAAGGGAGUUGUCCACCCGAAGGGUUCCACCUGGGACGAUGGUUGCCAGUUCACUUGUGAAUGUCUGAACGAUAUGUCUGGACAGUACAGAUGUCUGGAGAAGUGUGCGAAGUUCCCUAACCUGGAUAGUCGCUGUGUCCUUCUCCAAGAUCCUAGCGAGCCUUGCUGUAAGAAGCCGUUCUGUGACCUGAUCAACCCAACCCCAUUCCCCAACGGCAUCCCAACUCCCCAGCCUAACAUUGCCCCAACACCAGGUGGAAUUGUGCCCGGUAUGAAUACUCAAAGCCCUAACCCAACAACGCCCCGACCUGGGUUCUGUGUUUACAAGGGUGUGGCUUACACACAGGGAAAGCAGUGGAAUGAUGGCUGUAGCCAGAAGUGCCAGUGCGACGACUCCACAACAGGCUACUACACCUGCCAUGCCCGUUGUCCCUCUUACCCACAGGUGCCUAGCUCCUGCGUGUUGAAGACCGACCCCAGCGACAGCUGCUGCCUCGUCCCUGACUGCAAUCAAGUCCUGGCUCCAGUUGGUCCCACCAGUCAGACAGGCUCUAAUCCUAUUAAUGUAAGCCCGGGGACUGGAACAGGCCCAUCAGGAACUGGAACCCCUGCUCCACAAUAUGUCUACCCAACUCCAGUCCAGCCCGGAAGUUUCACAGGCACAGGAUCAAACCCGAACCCACAGGGCCCUGUACCAGGCGGCUCAGGAACCAGGUCCAUCUGUAUCUACAAGGGUCAGAUGUACACUCAAGGUCAGAAAUGGGACGAUGGAUGUGAAUAUCAGUGUGAAUGUAUGGACGCUGGCAGAGGACAAUAUCGCUGUACUGGCAGAUGUCCACAGUACUACUUCCUGCCACCUCAAUGUACCUACGUUCAGGAUCCGAAUGACAAGUGUUGUCAAAAGGCCCGCUGCAACCCCAAUCCAGGGGCCAUUCCCCAGCCUAAUAAUACCCCCAGCCCUACAAAACCUAUUGUCGUUCAACCCGCUACCAACCCGCCACAAACUGGUACCGGAACACCCGUUGUCCUUCAGCCAGCUACCAACCCGCCACAAACUGGAGGAGGUGGUAAUAACCCCAACGCUCAGACUACAUCCAUAACUGGAACAGGAACUGCAUGUGUGUAUAAGGGCCAUGCCUACCCCAAGGGACAGAUGUGGAGAGAUGGAUGUGACUAUCAGUGUAUCUGUGAUAGCCCUGCAACCAACGCAUACAGAUGUGUGGCUACAUGCAAGUCUUAUUCAACAAUUCCAUCAUUCUGCACCCUGACUCCUGAUCCCAAGGACCAGUGCUGUGAGGUGGUGGCCUGUACGGCGCCCAAUGGUCAACAGCUGACUCCAUUGUUGCCGUCCAAUACCCCGACACCCUCUCCCACGCUCACCCCCAACAUGCUACAUAUCAUACCCAUUGGAACCCAUGAUGUUUUCACUGGGACGGGACAUCCCCCAUUAGGCAGUGGUGGCAACAAUGUAGGAGGCAGAAGUGGAUGUGUGUACAACAACAAGGUGUAUACCCAGGGCCAAUCCUGGGACGACGGAUGUAAAUACGUAUGUAGUUGUGAGGACGGAACAGAUGGCCGCUACAGAUGUGCAACCAAAUGUCCAAGCUAUCCUGCCAUCCCGAAGUACUGUACUUAUGUGAAUGUGCCAGGUCAAUGUUGUCCCAGUCUGUCCUGUAACAGCCCCGACUACGGAAAAUACACGCCCACACCGCAGCUGGUCCCCAGCCCCAUGCCCAGUAUCAACCCUGGCUCCGUACCAGGACAGAUCCCCACCCCUGCCCCCAACAGUAACCCUCACAUCAUCGUGGUCCCCGGCGCCGGAACCAAUAAUGGAGGCACUGCCCCAGCGACCCUUGUACCAGGAACUCCUUUGUCAGGCUUCUCCGGAACUACAUCUCAAUACUGUAUCUACAAGAACAAGCUGUACAACCAGGGUAACACGUGGAACGACGGCUGUGAUUACAGCUGUGAAUGUCUGGACGGCCGCAGUGGCUACUACAAGUGUAAACCUUUAUGUCCUGUGUAUGACAAAUUACCAAGCCAGUGUUUCAUGGUACGAGCUGCUAAUCAGUGCUGUGCACAGCCAAUGUGUAGUAACCCAGACGGGUCACAAGUCAACCCACUUACUGGCAAGACCCCCUACCCUGUGUAUGGCUCUUAUCCCGGUGGAUUCACCGGCUUCAAGCCUUCCUACACUCCAGGCCAGGGAACCUCCGUUAGUGGCUCCACUCCUGGCUGUGUCUACAAGGGUACUCUCUACACCCAGGGACAGAAGUGGGAUGAUGGCUGUGACUACCACUGCUCAUGUACUAACUCCAAUGGUGGGCAGUACACCUGCUAUGCCCAAUGUCCCACGUACACCAGUAUUCCACCUGUGUGUAAGAUGUACGAUGUCCCCGGCCAGUGUUGCCAGGAGAUCCGCUGUGACACCUCAGGAAUUCCCACGACCCCUCGUGCUCCAUUCCAGCCGACCCCUGUCCCCCACCCUCACCUUGACCCCAACUGCUAUGACUUAAUUGACAACUGUGCCAUGUAUGGAAUGAGUGCAUGUGGCUCAAACUAUCAGGCCUGGGCUCACAAGAACUGCAACAAAUAUUGUGGCUUCUGUACUACCACCGUCACCUCCGCACCUCCCAGAUGUGCAGACAAGGUCAACAACUGUGUAGACUAUGGACAAUCGGCCUGUACUGGAAUCUACAAACCCUGGGCCAUGGACAACUGUAUCAAAUACUGUAAUCUGUGUACAGGAACUGGUACAGGAACAGGAACUGGUACUGGUACUGGUACUGGUACUGGUACUGGCUCUGUAGUCACAUCACCUCCUUUCACUCAGGCCCCAUCUACUGGUCAGUGUGUAGACAAGCUGAGUAACUGCCAGAACUAUGAUGCAUCCACCUGUCAAGACUCGAGGUAUACAACCUGGGCCCACGAAAACUGCCCCAAGUUCUGUCGAUUCUGUACUGGAACUGGUAUUGUGUCCCAGCCUAUAGUCAUCAACGCUCUACCUCCUCAGGGCUGGUUCACUGUGCUGAAGGGUGUGGCUGGUGCACCAGGUGACCUCUUCACAAUCUGGAACCGUCCCGGAGGCUACAAUGAAAACGUGCCCCAGGCCAUGUAUCUGACCAACCAGUUCCCUGGACACUACAAACCCAGUCUGAGUGACCACUGGAAUGACCUCUGUAUAGAUCAGGUGAAGGUUUCAAUCUACAAUGGUGGUCAGGAGAAGGCCUACAUCACAUUCAAUGCUGUUGGUGCUGACAAGAACAGCUGGUUCACCCGCGACAGGAUAAUCGACUCUUCCUAUACUGACAUACGAAAUGCUCCCAAAGAACUAUUCAGUCUCAUGGGAGACAUGACAAGUGGGCGUGAAUUCACGAUGAACAGCCACUCCACCGGCAGUUGUGACUCAUACGGUUGGAUGAUGGUGGCAACCCAAAGUGGGUGCUCAUUUGAAGCGAGUGCCGGUAACAAACCCGCUUUCCUGUAUUCCCCAGGACAGACCGCUUUACAUUGGGGACAAGCUACUGCCUCCGGAGAUGUAUUUGCCAUCACUGCUCACGGAAACUGUGGUGCCACUCUGCAGUCAACACAGCCCUCAGGUUUCACUCAGAUGAGUAGAGCAUGUAUCUACAAAAACAAAAUCUACAGCCAAGGCCAAUACUGGACGGAUGGAUGUGAAUACAAUUGUACCUGUGUUGAUGAAACCACUGGACGAUACAAUUGUGUCAACUUGUGUGCAACCUUCACCAACUUGCCACAAGGCUGUACUUUAGUGAAGAAGCCAGGAGAGUGCUGUGCCCUACCCGACUGUGGUAACUUUACUCUACCAGGCUCUGGCCAGGGUUCAGGUUUCUGUUACUACAAGGGACACAUGUAUGGACAGGGUCAACAGUGGAAUGAUGGCUGUGACUUCAAGUGUAAUUGUCAAGAUGCAACAACAGGGACAUACAGGUGUACAGACAGAUGCUACAAAUGGAACCUACCUACUGGACUCUGUACACUGGAGAAUCCCCCAGCAGGCAAGUGUUGUCCGGUCCCCAAGUGUAGCUCACAGGUUGUGUUACAAUACCCGCCGGGCUAUGUGCAGGAAUGAGAUUUUGAACACACAAGAACAUUAUGUAAAUAGUGUGUAAUUUAUAUGUGAAACAACAAUCUGAACACCGUGAUUUGAUAUCUAUUAAUAAAUUUUGAACAAAACUA